AUUUUAAGCAUCCGUUAUGCGCAAAGUAUUCUACGCAGGCAAUUAAUUAUGAAAUAAAAUUACGUAGAUUACAUAGAAUUUUUUUGCAUAGACAAAAAAUUAAUUAAAAUAUCUUACUCAAUAAAGUUAAUUAGUAUUCCUGCUUAUAACGUUUUCAAUGAGUUAUGACAUUUACGGUUACUUUAGUCGGCUGAACAAAUUCAAUAUUAGAACACGUAAUUACUAAGUGAAUUAUAAAAAUAUACAAUUAUAAAAAAAAAACAAAGAUCAAUAUUUUACAAAAAAGAUAACAAAUAAUAAUAUAGUAUAUAUAAAAAUAUUUGUCAUUCAAUAAAAAUAAAACAAUGUCGAUCUUUUAUCGUAAAAUUGGAAUCCUUUUUUUGAUUUUGUCCAUUGUUAUUAUAAAUAAUAUUAUUAGUGCUUCUAAUAGUCGGCCUAUUAUUGGCAUUCUAUCUCAAGAAACUGGUAAUUACGGUGACUUAAUGAAAGGAAACAGAAGUUAUAUAGCCGCAUCCUAUGUUAAAUUUGUUGAAGGUGCUGGUGCAAGAGUGGUCCCAAUUCCGAUCAAUAAAAGCAGAUUAUAUUACAAGAAGCUAUUGAGAAACAUAUCUGGAGUUUUAUGGCCAGGCGGAGCAGCAAGCUUCAAAAAAGGAUAUGCUAAUGCAGGAAACAAAAUUUAUCAAAUUGCUGAAGAAAUGAACCAAAAUGGAACGCACUUCCCGAUUCUAGGAAUUUGUUUAGGAUUUGAAUUAUUAACAUACGUAGCAUCUAAUAAGAGACUGAAUAGAAUGCCCUGUGUCAGUAAAUCACAAGCUCUACCUUUAAAGUUCGAAGAAAAUUUUAGACAAUCAAAAUUAUUUACAAAUGCGUCACGGCAAAUUACGAACAGUUUAGAAACGAAGAACGUCACUAUUAAUUUUCAUAAAUUUUGUAUAACCAAAAACGAACUCAGAAGGCUUCAUUUAAAUAACACUUUUCGAGUCAUCUCUCAGAAUGUAGCCACAGAUGGUGUAAAAUUUAUAUCUAGCUUGGAACACGUUAAUUUUCCUUUUUUUGGAUUACAAUUUCAUCCGGAAAAAAAUAUUUACGAAUGGAUAAAAGGGAAAAAUAUACCUCAUACUUUGGAGGCCAUUGAAGUCGGCCAAUAUUUUGCUAACUUCUUCGUGAACGAAGCUCGAAGAAAUAAAAAUAGAUUUUCUAAUUAUAAAGAAGAAAUCGAAAGUUUAAUUUAUAAUUAUCCUCCAUUAUAUACUGGUGGAAAAAAUAAUUCAGUCUUCGAACAAAUUUAUUUAUUUCGAGUAGACGACUAAUUAUGAACAUCAUAAUCGUUAUAAAUAUAUAAAUUUUUUAUAUUUAAUGUAAUACUUUAUAAAUGAAUAUUAUAUUUUUAUUGAAUAUUUAUUAUACAGGGUAAGAUAAAAGUCGCUUUCACCAGAAAUUUAAGUAAGUAAUUUGUUUAUGAAAUGAUAUGCGAUUACAAUUGUGUAAACAGCUGAUAGUUUAGUAUAGUUUUUAUACGAUUACUGUGGCAACAAUAUUAUUGUUAAAUGUUUUUGUUUUUGUGGAAAGAUUUGGAUUAGUUAUAAUAAUCAUUUCAGAACUUCGAAACCUUUCAUUUCUGUACAGCCAUAUGUAAAUCGGUAAUUAAACGAUACGAGUUGUUCAUUGAUGUAUAAUAUAGACACCAAUUUGAAUAUUUUAUGUGAACAAAUGAAGAUAAAUUAAUAUAUAAAAAUAAUUGUUUGUUUAUAAUUAUUUUGGAGAAAGCGGUUUUUAUCUCACUCUGUAUAUAUUAAAUAUUUUAUUUGAAGUUAUAUUCUUAUCUCAUUGUUAUACAAUAAAGAUUACGUUUAUCAAUCAGAGGAUCAAA